GGCCGGUGGGUGGCUCCCGCCCAGAUGUCAGUUUAGCGGGACGCGCCAUUCGUACGGACGUCGAAGUUGUUCUCGUAAUGUGAAACGAAUACGAACAAUGUUUUGUGUGAUAUCUGGAUUAGACGUUGUUUUGAAAUAGAUCGCGCGUGUUAAGUUUUCGAGUUUAUUUUCGAUGAGUUUUCUUUCAACCUGACAUUGGUGCUGAAAGAUUGCGAUGGAGACAGACAAGAUGUCAACAGCAUCAUCAGUGGGUGCUGAGAGGAGACCCUUGCUGCAAGCAUUAGUGCUGGAGAGAAGGAUCCUUUUCGCUUGCACUGUACUCGUCGGCUUGUCAACAUUUAUUUGGAUAACUGCUGUAUGCACCGAGAAAUGGGUGCAUAUUUAUAGUUCAAAUGGUAUAUAUAUAACAAACAGGGGAGAAUAUUUUAUGUGGAGUGACUCCGGUGUGUGGCAAAUAUGCAGAUACGUAUUUCGUCCUGCAGUUGUACCAGAGGCCGUGAAUGCAUCAACACCGAGACCUAUUGAUGUAACAGGGUUGACAGGGGAAUAUUACACAAACUGCACGAACUACUUAGCACAGCCUAUUAUGAAGAAUGGAAAACCAGCAGAUCCCGCUUAUGAUAUUGAUGUUGCUAACUAUGUUCGAACGAUGAUAUCAUUCGGUAUCAUAAGUUUGUUCGUGAUGGCUAUGGGCUGUGGCUUCUCAAUCUACACCUUCCGCAACCCAAGAUAUAUGUUCAAGCGUCUGGCAGCUGGCAUACACUUUAUAAGCACUUCCUGUACUUUUGUAGUAGUGCAAGUCACAAUGUCCUCUUUGGAUCACAUGCAGAAGAACGUGAAAUAUAUUUAUCCUGAACGUGCCUCCCACUACUUCCACAUAAGUUACUUUCUGGCGUGGUUCGUCGUCUUAGUGAACUUCUUCGCAGCGGCGUCCUUCCUGUGGUAUUCCCGUAAAAGGAAAGGUGAUAAGGCAGCGACCGAUGAACUAGCAAUGGCGGAUGAACCUACGAUCAUAGGUCGAUGACCUUUCAGUCUUUUUCUCACGGUCCAGGUACAAUGGACAUUUCCACUACUCCCUAAACUCUGCUCAAACCAGACCAAAGAUCUGCGAAAAUGUCUUCCACAAACGCUAGUUAUAAUCCAUCAGCUUUUGGCUAUUUAUCAAUGCUCGUUUAUUUUAUAGGUAUUUGAAAAUAAUGCACUAAUUAAAAAUAUUAUGAUCUUUUAAAAUAUAAUAAUUUUUCAAUAAUCUAAAUCUUACUUAAAAUAUAAAACUCACUAUUAAAAAAUAUGAUCUUUUGAAAUUAUUUUUCAAUACCUAAAAUAUACAAAAUGAAUUUAGGUUCAGUCAAGUCAGGUCAUAUUUGAGUGUUAUCAGAUUUUUUUAUAGAUAACUUCUAUCUAUAGUUAAUAUUAUAUACCUUUGAAAUUAGCUGGCUAGAAGAAGCUAUUAUAGUAAUAAUUGUUCGAAAAAAAUAUUUCACUUGAGUUUCAAAUUCAAUAUAAAAUUUGCGAUGCAUUAAAGCUUGUCUUUUAUUAUAUUCUACUAUUGUUAUAUUCUUAUUAAGGUGUGUAUUAUUUUAAAUAAAAGUAAUGGCGUCUGAACUUUCAAUCUGAAAUUUCAUACUCGUUUUUUUUUAAAUCUGUAUUUACUUAAAUUAUGAUAAUUUAUUGUUGAAUUUUAAAAAUGUAUUCGAAGUGCUAAAUAUACCUAGUUUUAAGAUCUUGUAGUAAUUUUAAUUGAACAUCUUCGAGGUAGCCCUCUUGAUAACACCAAGUAGGUUGUAUAUAAUACAGUUCUAUAACUUCUACGUUUUGAUAACGUUUGCUCAUUUUAUUAUGGUUGUAGCUAAAAUAUUACACUUAAAAGCCAAUAAAACCCUAUUUUCAAAAUCAUCAGCAUACAAAAGAUAUUUUCCCCAACAAAGUGUGGGGUAAAAUAAAAAUGUUUGACUACUUGCGGGUAGCUAAGUGACAACUUAAAAAUAAUUGUCGUAAUUUUUCUAUAAUAAAAUAUUUUUUUUAUUAUAUAUGCGAUGAAGGGAAUAAGGAAAGAAGGGAUUUUCUUAUAAAGGUGAUUAGAAAAAAUUCAAGCGGUUGGUAAUAUAAUUAUAUUAAAGUGAUAGAUGAAGGUGUCUCUAUAUCUUGUCUGUCAUAUAAAAUAAUCAUUAUACUAAAAGUGCAAAAAUGGAUAAACGACAUUCCUAAAACAGCUCUACAAAACACCGUGGCUACAUUAUAAUUCACACUGUGUUACAAAUUCCAGAGAUAAGUGGCAAAAUGAGUCUGUAAGUUUGUAAGUAGUUCGGAGUACUCGAAAACAACAAAGAAACUCCGAGUCCUGAAUAAUAAGAACGUUCGUUCUAAAUUUAAAAUUUCUGCUUCCGUCAUGUCAAGUAGGUGUUUCGAUAUGUCACACCUAAAAUAACAAAGGAAUGAAAUUCCUCUUUUCCGCCUUUGGUUUUGUGUUACAACUUUUUUUAGAAAAUCUAUUAAAAAUACACACUUUUGAAUAACACUUUGUUGACAGUUGAUCUCUAUUAAUAAUCAGGGUAAGAAAGAUACCUUGAAAGGUUAACCAACAAAAAGCUACAACCUAACUGCCUAAAGUAUAUUUAAAUACUUGUUUUAUAUUAUUUUAAACUUAGUACAAACUGUUUUCAUAUUAGUGUUUUAGUGAUAAUUAUAGAUGCUAUAAAGCUUACGGUUUAAGCUUUUCUUGUAUUUUUAAGAAUGUAAUAUUUAAAUACAACACAAGUAGUAUUUCGGAAUCAAACUUUUUCUCAAUUAAACUUGUAAAAUAUAUAAUUUUUAUUUACAGUUAAUAAAACUACUUUAUUUUCUAUAAGCGGUUACGGAAAUAUCAAAAUAAUGUCAACGUUUGCAACUAAAGGAAUUAAAGAUUAAAGACUAUGUAAUAUAUUCUAGUCAAGUUAAAAUACUCCAAUAGACAAUGUGCACUAAAAUUUAAUUUUUGCUGUGCCUUAUUGCUCUUGCUGAAUGUUUAUCUAUAAUUAAGGCUAUAUUAAGACUAUAUUCAUAAGUCAAUAUAUUGGUGAUGCUUAAAAAUAAUUUUCACUUUCAAAAUCUAUGAAAUAUUUUCUUAAUGUGUUACAUCUGUAUUUUUGUCUUCAAUAUACUUAUAUAAUAUCACUUAUAUGUCUUUGACCUUUACACACAAUAAAAUCUUUCACACAA